AUGGCGAUUCGACGAUGGUUUGCACGGCCUCUCAUCUUUGCAAUCAUAAGUGCAGUGGUCUGGUGGGCGAGAAGGAGGCAAGAGAGGAAGCUUGGCAAUAGCACAUGCUUCGCGUGCAACCGUUGCCACGUCCAGCUGUACGCUUUGUCGGCUCGAUCAACCGAUGGCGGAUUCUACUCUUCUGGUUGCUGGGAAGAGCAGAAGGUCCAUGCAUCCACCCACGUGAAGAUGGUGAUGUACCCGCCUCGCACCCCGCAAUGUGGUGUGUGUCAACGGGUGGCGUCUCGGUUGUUGGUGCCGGAGUUGUGUGGAUACCAGCAUGCAGACCCAGAAUGGACAAAGAGAACAACACCGCCACAGUGGACUUGCGACGAAUGCUACAAAGGUCCAAGUAAAGCUGUGCUGUACCACCAUCUCCAUAUGCUGUCAAAGCUCGAUCUGCCUUUGCCCCUCACAUCUCUACACGAUGUAGAUAUCUACGUGACGGACUUCUGUUUUCCAAAGAAAGGUGAUGCUGCAGCAAUGCAAAAGCUUUUGACGGGGCGUAUGCAAAAGUGCUACAAACAUUUGCACAUCAUCGAUGGGGUGGACGCCACCGCUUCGGACUUGGUGGAGACGCAUUGUCAUGGUUGCGCACCGACUGUGAUUUUAUGGGGCAGCCCUCACAUCAAUGUCUUGGCGGACCAAAAGCCCACUAACCAGAUCAAGCAAGAAUCGGGCAUGCAUAACUGUGAGUGGAAGCUAGAAGCUUUUCGUUGGCUGGCCAAACAUUACCCGUCGAGUUUGAUCUUAUGUCCUCUCAGCAGCCAUCACCAUUUGGGCACGGCCGUGAACCCGAUGAUGCAUCUAGCAAGUGACGACGGGCUGCUGGCCUAUGAGCCGCUGGCAUCGCAUCCCUUUCACCUUCAAAGGUUAUGUGGUCCCUGUGAGUUGGACGUGCUGUCCAACAUGGACGCGGCUGGAUCGGUGGAUGUACGGGAUGCAGUGCUAAGCGCUUGCGACCGUGCCAUGCAGGACAAAGGUCGUGCGUCCAUUUUGUUUCUAGGCGAAUAUACCACGUCCUUGGCCUACUCGAUUUUGAUGUAA